CUGAAGCUGGGCUGAACAGCAGUUAGAGCGGAUGGUGGAGAAAUAAAGCUUGUGGAGGUGGUGCUGUGACCGAGGGCGCGGCUGUUCUGCAGACGAUGCUGAGCGCUCAGCGACGAGCGGUGAGUUAAGCGGCGCUGUCUCGGCGUACAGCCGCUGCUCACUGACCACAAGCAGCCAGGAUCUGGCUGUACGUGUCCCUCUUCUUGCCCAUGUCCCCAGGGGACGGCGCUGGACUGGCACUCCGGUGAAAAUGUCAGCAUCGCUCGGCCCCCGCAGUCCUCGGCCGCCGGGCGUGCCGGCCGAGUUGCCGGACCUGAGCCAUUUGACGGAGGAGGAGAGGAGCAUCAUUAUGGCCGUGCUGCAGAGGCAGCGGGAGGAGGAGCAGAAGGAAGAAGCAAUGUUAAAUCCACAGAUAUGCAGGGUUGGUGGAUUGACCAAUGACGUGGAUGAGGCAUUGGAAAUGCAGGGUUACAGGGAUAAGGUAAGGAGGAGAGGUGCUGGAGAACUGGAGGACAGCCAAUAUGGUACCGUUAUUCAAGAACUGAGCAAGGAAAACCAGGAAACUACAGACCGGCGCUUACAUCAACAAUUUGAGAGCUACAAGGAACAGAUCCGGAAAAUAGGGGAUGAAGCACGCCGUUACCAGGGGGACCAUAAGGAUGAUACCCCAACCUGUGGGAUCUGUCUCAAAACUAAGUUUGCUGAUGGCUGCGGCCAUAUCUGCUCUUACUGCCAGACCAAAUUCUGUGCUCGUUGUGGGGGCCGAGUUACGCUUCGUUCAAACAAUGCUUCAGGAGCCCACUGCCAUGGGAAAUUGAAAGUUCAUCAGGUAAUGUGGGUGUGCAAUUUAUGCCGUAAACAGCAGGAAAUUCUUACAAAAUCUGGAGCAUGGUUCUUUGGAAGUGGAACACAACAGCCCCCCAAUCAGGAUGGGGCCCUGAGUGACACAGCUACAGGGACUGGUUCGGGUGCACCAAGGGAAAAAAAAGCAAGACUGCAAGAACGUUCACGAUCCCAGACACCUUUAAGUACAACAGGAGCAACGCAGGAGGUUAUGCCCCCUGACAAGUCUAGGGUCUCUGAACUUACUCGACAAGAAAUGGGUUUUGAACAUAAACAGUCUACAGCAAGAUCAAGGAGUGAACCCCCAAGAGACAGGCAGAAGAUUUCAUUGGUUUCAGAACAGAAUGGAAAAGGACUCAAAGGUCAGCGGAAACACGGAUCAAAGCCAUCCUUCCAACAAGGUGAGAGGCUAACUGAUGAACAAGAGCAUCACAGGGAGCGGCGAGAAAAUCGGCGCUUAGAGAAAGGUCGUUCACAGGACUAUCAGGAUAUGGGUGAGAAAAUAGAAGGGGAAAUGAUAGCAGAUGAGGAAAAACAAAAGAUUGAAGAAGAGUAUCAGAAUUUGUAUAAGAGUGACCCCAACCUGGCACGGUGUCCUGUUAAACCUCAACUGGAGGAGCAACAGAUGCGUAUGCAUGCUAAAGUGUCAAGAGCACGGCAUGAAAGAAGGCACAGUGAUGUAUCUGUGCCCCAGACUGAUGUAGAGGAAAGUCAAGUAGUAGAGGACCACUUGCCAAGAAGGACUCAGCAAGUGGGGAUUCAAGAGCAGAAAUACCCUGUGGAUAAGACUGUAGAUGUACAAACAGCUGUCUCAAGACAGCCACAUUUGAGUAGUCAGAGCACCCCCACAUCAAGGCGGAGCCCAGUUCCUGCAGAACUCUUGGAAGUGAAGGAUUACAAUUCCCACAAGAAGAACCUAGAUCCCAGCUCUGCUGUGAUUCGAACAAAGCGGGAGAGGAAUGAAACCAUGCUGCGGAAUGAUUCGCUCAGUUCUGACCAGUCAGAAUCCAUCCGACCACCCCCACCAAAACCGCAUCGAAUGAAAAAGAUUGGAAAGAAAAGACAAAUGUCAGUCAGUAGCUCUGAGGAAGAAGGAGCAUCUACCCCAGAAUACACCAGCUGUGAAGAUGUGGAAAUUGAAAGUGAAAGUGUCAGCGAGAAAGGUGAUUUAGAUUACUAUUGGUUGGAUCCAGUUACGUGGCAUAGCAGUGAGACCUUACCUGUCAGCUCGCAUCCCGUCACAUGGCAACCAUCCAAAGAAGGUGAUCGACUAAUCGGGCGUAUUAUUUUAAACAAGAGAACAAGCAUGCCAAAAGAAUCGGGAGCACUACUUGGGUUGAAAGUGGUUGGUGGAAAGAUUACAGAAACUGGACGGCUUGGGGCCUUUAUCACCAAAGUGAAAAAAGGCAGCUUAGCUGAUAUUGUUGGCCAUUUAAGAGCUGGUGAUGAGGUUCUUGAGUGGAAUGGUAAACCUUUACCAGGAGCUACAAAUGAAGAAGUUUACAACAUAAUUUUAGAGUCAAAAUCAGAACUUCAGGUCGAAAUAGUUGUUUCAAGGCCAAUAGGUGAUAUACCUAGAAUUCCGGAGAGUUCCCACCCUCCUUUGGAGUCUAGUUCAAGUUCCUUUGAGUCACAGAAGAUGGAACGACCGUGCAUUUCAGUCAUUUCUCCAACUAGUCCUGGAGCUCUGAAAGAUGCCCCUCAGGUUCUACCUGGACAGCUUUCAGUGAAACUUUGGUACGAUAAAGUUGGCCACCAGCUGAUAGUUAAUGUGUUACAAGCCACGGAGCUUCCUUCCCGAGUGGAUGGUCGGCCCAGGAAUCCCUAUGUAAAAAUGUACUUCCUUCCAGAUCGAAGUGACAAGAGUAAACGGAGGACCAAAACCGUGAAGAGAAGCUUAGAGCCAAAAUGGAACCAAACAUUUGUCUAUUCUCAUGUACAUCGGAGAGACUUUCGAGAACGCAUGUUGGAAAUCACGCUAUGGGAUCAGCCUCGAGUACAAGAAGAAGAAAGUGAAUUUCUCGGAGAGAUCCUUAUAGAGUUGGAGACGGCCUUGCUGGAUGAUGAACCGCACUGGUACAAACUUCAGACGCAUGAUGUGUCUUCUCUACCUUUGCCUCAGCCAUCACCAUACAUGUCACGACGCCAUGUCCAUGGAGAAAGUCCUAGUAAAAGGCUACAAAGAUCUCAUCGAAUCAGUGAUAGUGACAUCUCAGAUUAUGAUGUUGAUGAUGGUAUUGGAGUAGUCUUGUCAGAUUAUAGGGAUAACAGUAGAGAAAGUAGAUCAAGCACAUUAACUGUCCCAGAUCAGCAGAGAACUCCCCACCAUCGUUCACGUUCUGUCUCUCCUCGCCGUGGUGAUGACCAGGGCAGGACCCGGUCACGUUUACCCAGUGUCCCACUGCAGAGGAGUUUAGAUGAAAUCCAUCAAAGUCGUCGUUCUCGUUCCCCCACUCGAUACCAAGAUGCCUCUCGCAGUCCAGUCGAAUGCAGGCCCAGGGACAUGGACAGUUAUCACGCUUAUGAAAGAGACAGUGAGCUCCUUAUGCUGCCCAGAGCAAAACGAGGAAGGAGUGCAGAGUGCCUGCAUACUGCCAGUGAAAUACAGCACUCUCUUGACAGGGCUAGGAGUGCUAGCACCAACUGUUUGAGACCAGAUACUAGUUUACAGUCAUCAGAACAAGACAGAACCUUGGAGAUAUCUGGUAACCACAAGCAGGGUAGAAAAAGCACUGCAUCAGGAACUGAAAGUAUGCCAGAACUAAGCCGCACUGGAAUCCGGGACAAGAAAGCCGGCCAGCAAACAUCAAGAUCCCACCAACAGGGAGGCCCAGUCCAGACUGGAAUGACACUGUCUAGUCGGAGGAGUAGACAGCUUCCGCAGGUUCCAGUUAAAAGUUACGGCCUAGAACAAGGAUGCCGAAUAGUACAGGAGGAGCGAACAAAGCAGGCAAAGGGGAAAGUGCAUCCCAGUAAGCAGUCUAUAGAAUCAGUAACCAGUUUUGAACAGGAAUGUGAUCAAUGUACAAAGCAUCUACUGUACAAGGAUCAGAACAAAAGCAUUGAUAAUAUUUCAAUAAAAUCAUCAGACAGUGAUGCCAGUGAUGUCUCAGCCAUCUCCCGAACCAGCAGUGCCUCACGCCUCAGCAGCACAAGCUACAUGUCUGUACAAUCAGAGCGGCCGAGGGGCAGUCGCAAAAUCAGUGCAUUUACCUCUAAAAUGCAAAGCAGACAAAUGGGGACAUCAGGGCGAAGUAUUAUGAAGAGCACAAGUGUCAGUGAGGAGAUGUAUAGUCUGGAAAAUAACGACGGCAGUCAGUCCGAUACGGCAGUGGGGACAAUAGGAUCAAGGGGCAAGAAGCGAAGAUCAAGUCUGGGUGCCAAAAUGGUGGCCAUUGUCGGAUUGACAAGGAGAAGUAGGAGCACGUCUCAGCUCAGCCAGACUGGGUCACACAUGAAGAAUAGCCAUUUGGGCAAGGUACUGGAGGGUGCCCAGUACCCUUGGACCCGUACCGAAACAGGAGUCAGCACCUUGAGGAGAGAAGAAACUGGAGGGAGGAAAUCCAAAAAUACCAUCCAGAGAAGCACAGAGACAGGCAUGGCAGUGGAAAUGCGGCGUAUGACUCGACAAGCCAGCCGGGAAUCUACUGAUGGCAGCAUGAACAGCUACAGUUCUGAGGGAAAUUUAUUCCCUGGGAUGAGACUAGGAGCUGACAGUCAGUUCAGUGAAUUCCUCGAUGGACUAGGACCUGCACAACUUGUUGGGAGACAGACAUUAGCAACACCUGCCAUGGGUGACAUUCAGAUCGGGAUGGUGGAUCGGAAGGGACAGUUAGAAGUUGAAGUGAUUCGAGCCCGAAGCCUCAGUCAGAAAACAGGUUCAAAAUCUCUCCCUGCUCCGUAUGUCAAAGUAUACCUGUUGGAGAACGGCGUGUGCAUAGCCAAAAAGAAGACAAAAAUUGCACGAAAAACACUCGAUCCACUCUACCAACAGUCAUUACUGUUUGAAGAAAGCCCACAGGGUAAAGUGCUACAGGUGAUAGUCUGGGGAGAUUAUGGCAGAAUGGACCACAAAUGUUUUAUGGGAGUGGUACAGAUUCUACUGGAAGAGCUUGAUCUAUCCAGCAUGGUGAUUGGCUGGUACAAACUGUUUCCAACAUCUUCAUUGGUGGAGCCCACCUUGACUCCCCUUACUCGCAGAGCUUCCCAAUCGUCCCUUGAGAGUUCAACUGGACCUCCCUGUAUAAGGUCAUAAUAUACUACUGGGAGAUCAAGAAAGCUGAAGCUAGCCACAAGUAUGAUCAAAAUCACUGCUGGAGCCAGACAAUCACACUUGUUUUAUCACUAGUACUGGUUCAAAAAAAUAAUAGGGCUUCAUAAAUCCUAAAACAAAGUACAUAGAUAUAUGUGUAUGUAUUUAUGUAUGUAUGCUGGCAUGAAUUGGCAAACACGCACUACAUUAAAUGCUAACUGGAAACUGAUAGAUCAGUGACCCAGAGUUUGUAUUACAGCCUAAAUGAAUGAGAUCAGAGAUCUGACUUUAAAAAAGUUCGAUAUUUUGAGUAUGUAACAACAAACUGGAGAAGUAUCAGACUCAGAAAAAAAUUGAGUUGUUUAUUCACGGUUCUGUAGAAACUAUAAACACUGCUACCUUACAGAUAUUACAUUUUGAUUCUCUGCACACAUUUCUUCCACCUGCUGUCUGUGGUAAUGGAAUCUAGCUAAACUUCUGCAAAUGUCGUCCCCCCACUGUACACCCUACCCCAACCUGAUUCUGACAGAGACCUUCUAUUAAAUGGUAACAGGUAUCUUUGAGAGCCUCACCAAAUGGUGUUCAACAGCUACAGACUUUAGUGCAGAAGAUGCCAGUGCUUCAACACUACCAAACUUAUUGUGUGUUAGAUACAGAAAAAAAAACCUCAAAAAUGUUGAAGUUCAUAUUUAAGCAGUGCCCAUCAUAUCUUCAAGGUAAAGCUCUCAAGUGUUAUUUCCCAUUUGCCACACAAUUUGCCAUUUUUUUGGGGUUUUGUAAAACAGACUCAUUUGCAUUACGAAUUACUAUUUUUCAUGUUUUCUGAUGUCUUGCAUGAAAAGAAGUUUGAACCUGCAGUAAGGCUUGGGACUGUUCAAAGUAGCUUCAGUCUUGAUACUCUGCAGAGAUCGUGGCACUAAGAUGUUCCAUGUAAUGCAAUUCUUUUCCUACAAUUGCAAACCAUUGAGAUAACUUCUGUAUAAAAUUGUAAAUUUGACUUCCCAGAGCAUUUACCAAUAAUGGAUAAACUGUUUGAGCUGUACCUGGGAUUUUUCUUUUACAUGUGUCACAUGGCACUCUGAUUUGCCCCAGAGCAUGAUGCAAGUUGUUUGAUGAUCGCUGGAAAUUACAGUUGAUAUUUCCUGCUCACAUGGUGUUUUUAAAACUGACUUUCGUUUACAUUAUUUCAAAAUUACUGCAAGCACAGUGCUUGUUUUUUUACAGUAAGAUGUAUUUUUUUUUGAAAGAAAAGCAAACUUUCAAUUUGCUUUUUUUUAAAAAGAAUCAUUUUUUUCCUUAAAUACCAUUGGCCUGAAAACCCGUGUGUAUUGAUGUCAAUGCAGGUAGUGAUUCUAAUUUCUUUCUCCUCCUCCCCUGCCUCCUGCUGUCACAGGCCAUUUUGAUUUUUAGAUCACUGAUGUGAAACAGCAUGAUUCUGGAACUGUUCAGUUGGUGCAUGCAUGUUUUGUAGGGGGAAGAACAACACAGAUGUUAAUUAAUAUGUGUUAGUUCCACAUAGACCAGCUUGUAUGUUGCAUGUACUUGUACAGCUUGCUUGUUAUUAAUGUAAAGAAAUAAUUAAGAAAUCAAAGCCAUUAAUUUAUGUUAACAACAUUUUUGCUGAUAUGAACUAGGCUCAGGUCUGGUGAUGAAUGUGAAUUGAAAACAUUUUUUGUACCCUCUGGAGAUUAACUGCUGAUGUAGAACAGGAAAAGAACACUGUUGAUUUUGUGUAACUUCUUACAUGUGGGGCUUUUACAUACGUUAGAAGCAUCGUGUAUACACAGACAAUUGACUUCUAGGUGUUCUGCCUGCACAGAGUGAAUUGUCUUAUUUAAAUUGGCCAGCUGUUGAAUUAAUCUAUUGUCCUACAGGAUCUUUAAGUUUGAUUACUGCCUGACCUGCUGAGCAGGAGGAAUUAAACCACGGAUUCACAAGGUUCCAGUCCCUUUAUUGUGGCCAAAAGCAGCUGAUUGGAAAGUACUUUCCUAACUGCAGCAGUUGUCUGAACAGUCCCCUGUGCUUUUAAAUGAACUUCAGACUCAUGUUACGUAAACAUGUUUAAUAAAAUUUACUUUUCACGUCAA